GCCCAUAGAUUUGUAAUUGCAGUUGGAAGUAGUAUCCAAGACCAUGGCCCCUGGUUUUCCAUUCUCUCUAUCAAAUACCAACUCUUCACUCUCUCUUUCACCUCAACCCUACCCAUCCUCUUCUUCUUCUUCUUGUCCCCCUCCCUUCUUUUCUUCACCUAACACUUAUAAAGAUGCAAUCUUUCACAUCUCUGUCCUCAAUCGGUACAAAUACCCCAUCCUGAAUAAACCCCCCCCCCAAGUAAAGAAACAGUUUUUACUCUAGUCUAUUGUGUGCCCUGUUUCUUCUGUUCAACCCUCUGUUUUCAUCUGCUCAUCAACAUUUCUUGGUUCUUUUCGCUUUUUGUUUGCUGCCCAGAUUUUGAUUUUCAAUUUCGAAUAGUUUUAAAAAAUACGCAUAUCGGAAUUUUACUUCUUUUUUUUAUUCUUGUCUAUGCCUCUGAUAGAGUUGAUUCAGAAUUUUAAAUGGGGAGAGCAACCGUGGCUGAUAUAAAAGGGAACGGUUUUAGUGAAUUGGAUAAGGAAACCAAAGCAAAUACCGAGGACACGAAUAAAGUUCCCGAUACGAAUAAAAAUAGAAAUACUACUACUUCAGAUAGUCGGGGAAAGAAGAGCCGGCGGCGGCAAAGGAAGAUGAUGGCGUUGCCGGCUUCUGCCGUCGUGCACCCUGUUCAAAGGCUUUUCAAUGCUUGCAAAGACGUUUUUGCCUCUGCUCGGACUGGAUUUGUUCCGUCUCCCCAUGAAAUUGAACAGCUUAGCGCUCUUCUGGAUGAAAUUCGGCCGGCUGAUGUUGGUCUUACCCCACAGAUGCCGGUUUUCAGUCCGCAAGUUACUCGGCGAGCUCCGACGAUAACAUACCUGCACAUCCAUGCGUGCAAAAGGUUUUCAAUUGGCAUCUUUUGCUUGCCUCCGUCCGGUGUCCUUCCGCUUCACAAUCACCCUGGAAUGACUGUAUUCAGUAAGCUUCUCUUUGGGACUAUGCACAUCAAAUCAUAUGAUUGGUUUGUCCCUACAACAUCAGCUGUUGUGAAUCCUUCACAAACUCAACAUCCGGAAGUUCGGUUGGCUAAGGUUAAGGUCGAUUCCGACUUGACUGCGCCUUGCAAGACCUCCAUACUUUAUCCAGCUGAUGGAGGCAACAUGCAUUGCUUCACAGCCGUGACAGCAUGUGCAGUGUUGGAUGUUCUAGGCCCUCCGUAUUCUGAUUCCGAAGGACGGCACUGCACGUACUACUCCGACUACCCUUUCACAAGAUUCCCAGCUGAUGAGCAGGUACCAAUACCAGAAGAAGAGAAAGAUAAGCUAGCAUGGCUUCAAGAGAGGGACAAACCUGAGGAUUUGGUGGUUGAUGGAGCUCUGUACACUGGUCCCGAAAUCAUGGAAAGCUAAAUUUCAAAGCCUUCAUCACAUCUCUUGUAAUACCCCAAAACAAAAGAAUCAUUUUCUUAUCCUUGUCUUGUCAGUGGUUGCUGUUUCAGCCUUGGAAACUUCUGUUUUCCUUUGUUUUUUUUC